AUGAAUCUAAUUUACUGGAUUUAGUAUACUAAGAAUGACAGAUAUAAAUUAGAGGAGGAAAUACUAAUCAAAGUUAAAGAAAAGGAGGGUUUUCCUCACAUAAGUGAUGUGACUGAGAUCGAUGAUCAUUAAAUGAUUGUUAUGGACGUCCUUGGUGCCAACCUUAGGUCUCUCAAAGAGCAAUAAGGUGAGGCACUUCAUAAUUUAGGAUAUGUGCAUUGCGAUCUCAAACCUGAUAAUAUCCUUAUUGGUUGUAACACAGAGGAUACAAAUAUUUAUUUAAUCGAUUUUGGUCUUGCCCAUUGUUAUUUGAAUUCUAAAGGCCUGCACAUUCUACCUCCAAAGAAAGUAAAUUUUAAAGGAUCCAUAAGCUACUGCAGUCUUAAUCUUUUAAAUAAACAGUGUAUGUUCCUGUUUUAAUCUUAAUAUAACAUUUCAGAUCCAUCUAGAAGAGAUGACCUAGAAUCACUUCUCUAUGUUACUAUGUUUCUUCUUAAUGGUUAAUUACCAUGGAAUGAUGGGGCUCAGAAACUAAGAGGACAAGAGAGACUUAAUUACGUUAUUAAAAUGAAAUAGGAACUAAAAAUUGAACAAUAUGGCUAAAAUAUACCAAAAACCAAUGGGCUUACUAUAAAUGGGGUUUUCGAUUGGUCAGAUUCUGAUUUUGUUUUGCAAUCAUAGCUUUCAGUGCCAGUAAUCGUCCCUAACGAAAUAAUAAUGAAAUCAAUUUAUGAAAGAGACUUUCAUCGAGAAUCUAUUGAGAAUGCUUCGAUGGAAGUUGACUAUAAAGACAUUAUGUCUAUAGAAUUAGAGGAGAAUGUGUCUAUAACAUUGAUGGAGCUAUCACCGAAUAGAAAUUAACUAUCCUCAUUGAGUCCUGAUUCAAAAUUAAGUUCUUAAGAAAAUGGUAGCAACGACUCCUUUAAAUUUUAAAGUUUAAAUUAGUAAUAAAGAAUGUCUCCCAAGAAGAAGUCUCUAUUUAGCUUUCACAAUAAUUCAAAUAAGCAUAGGAGCUUCAACUUGAUGGAGUGUCAUGACAUAGAAGAAGAUGACCCUUUAACUAUUAACGAUGAACUAGUUGAUGUCUCAGAUAUAUCAGAUUCAAGAAUAAAAAGAGGUCUUUCGCUUAAAAACAGUUCAAAAGUUCUAACUAAAAUACAAAUAGACAGAAGAGAAAGUUAAAAGCUGAUAAGAAGAGAAUUUAUAUGA